ACCCGGCCCCACCUGCCGCAGGCCUCCUCGGCUCGGAGCUGGGCCCUGGUCUGCUGGCCAGGGAACGGUUCGGUGGUUACCGGAUGAACCGUCCAAGCCCUGCCUGGCCAUAGGAAACUACUUGCUGCAGGCGGAGCCCAGCGCCCUGGCCGGGGUGUCGGCGGGGUCUCGGCCGGCCACACUCCGCCUACACAGAGAGAGAUAGGAAGUGCAGGAGGAAGGGAUAGACACAAACAUCGAUGGGAGAGAGAAACACAAGUUUGUUGCCUCCUGUAUGCACCUGGACCUGGAAUUGAGCCUGCAACCCAGCUACUCAAGAUGAGGAGAAGAGUGGGGCUUGGGCGGAGCCGUCUGUUCCCCCGGGUCUGAGCGCCAGCCACCGCCGGGACGUCCGGGACGUACCUGGGGUUCGGCUAUGUGUGCCCGGUGACCGGUGCGUGGGGAGCCCCGGACCUGGCACUUCGGGAGGGAAUGCUGGCUUGUUUUGAGUGACUUUGGGGAGUGUGAAGAAACCCCAAAAUGGAGGACUUUUCUACCAGGACCUACGGCACCAGUGGGCUGGACAACAGACCGCUGUUCGGAGAGACAUCGGCCAAGGAUCGAAUCAUCAAUUUAGUUGUUGGCAGCUUAACAUCCUUAUUGAUUCUAGUAACGCUGAUCAGUGCUUUUGUUUUCCCUCAACCACCUCCAAAACCAUUGAAUAUAUUUUUUGCUGUCUGCAUCUCUUUGAGUAGUAUUACUGCCUGCAUACUUAUCUACUGGUAUCGACAAGGAGACUUAGAACCGAAAUUUAGAAAUCUAAUUUACUAUAUCUUAUUUUCUAUCAUCAUGUUAUGUAUAUGUGCGAACCUGUACUUCCAUGAUGUGGGAAAGUGAGGCUACCAAGGAAAAAACAUUUACCAGGUCUCUUCAAAGCUAUGUAUUAGGACUGUGAAUAAGAGCUGGAUGAGGUAUGCUGAAGAAUCGACUACAGAAGUCUGAUAUGAUUUUCAUGCUAAUUGUAAAUCUAAAUUCCCUUUUUCAGGGGAGACAUAUCAUAGAUCACUUUGCUUUCUUUCUUUUUAAAGAAGCUGACAUGGCACUUACACAUUCCAACCCUUAAAAGCUCAAACAGCACAAGUAAUUUUCACUUUUGAAAUUGAAAUCCUUUAUAAUGUAAUUGCAUGGCGAAAGGCUAUGUAACAAACAAUCUUGCAUUUUAAGACAAAUAUUCUUUUAUUUCUGUUAAACUGAAUGUACAAUUAUUGUUCCCUAGGCAACCAACUCUUGCUUUUAACUACAAUUUCAUGUUAACAAAACACAGACGGUGAAAAGACAACUUUGAUUGUGAAGAUCUAAUUACAAUAAUAAAUAAAAUAAUUUAUACAA